AAAAAAAAGAAAUGUAAAUAGCCCCACAUAAAAACCAGAGGCACAAUACAUACAUUACAGACCAAAGAAGACGACAGCGUUCGCUGGUGGUUAGGUCGUUAAAAAUCCAGCGGCGCCAUUAAAACGCUGCGUUUUACUCGUCACCUUCUUUUUUUUCCUUACCUUAAUUCCCAAGUCAUCGUUACAGUUCCUCCCAUUAAUGUCUCACUCUCCCUAAACCCUUAUCCCCUUCUCUCUCUCUAUCUCUCACCCGAAAACCCUAAAAUGGAUCCUUGUCCUUUCAUCCGCCUCACGAUCGGAAACCUAGCUCUAAAAGCUCCACAAGCGGCGAAGACAUCAAGCUCCGUCGUGCACCCUUCCUCCUCCACAUGUUUCUGCAAAAUCAAACUCAAAAACUUCCCACCGCAAACCGCAGCCAUCCCCUACAUUCCCUUGGAAGCCACUCACUUCCCGGAGAUCCAAACCCUAGCCGCCACGUUCCACCUCAGCAGCUCCGACAUCACCCGCCUCGCUUCAAGAUCCAUCUUCUCCUCCAAACCGUCCCUCAAGAUCUCCAUCUACAUAGGAAGAGACGGCGCUUCUUGCGGAGUCCACUCCGGUCGUCUCCUGGCGAAAGUCUCCGUGCCGUUGGAUCUCUCCGGUGCGGGGACGAAGCAGAGCGUCGUGUUUCAUAACGGGUGGAUAUCUGUGGGGAAAGGAGCGGGGAAAGAGUCGGCUUCGGCGCAGUUUCAUCUUAAUGUGAAGGCGGAGCCUGAUCCUAGGUUUGUGUUUCAGUUCGACGGGGAGCCAGAGUGUAGUCCUCAGGUUGUUCAGAUUCAAGGGAGUAUCAGACAACCGGUUUUCACUUGUAAAUUUAGUUGUCGGAAUACUGGUGAUCGUAGAAUGAGAUCGAGAUCGUUGCCGACGGAGACAAGCGUACCACGGAGCUGGCUUAACUCAUUCGGGAGCGAGAGAGAACGUCCUGGUAAAGAGAGAAAAGGAUGGUCUAUAACGGUCCAUGAUUUAUCAGGUUCUCCAGUGGCUAUGGCGUCUAUUGUCACACCCUUCGUGGCAUCUCCUGGAAGUGAUCGUGUGAGCAGGUCAAACCCUGGUUCUUGGCUCAUCCUCCGUCCCGGGGACGGCACGUGGAAGCCGUGGGGGAGACUAGAGGCGUGGAGAGAACGUGGUGGAGCCACCGACGGGCUCGGUUACAGGUUUGAGCUUAUUCCAGACGGAUCAAGCGGUGCGGGAAUAGUGCUUACGGAGUCGAGUAUUAGUACACACAGAGGUGGGAAGUUUUCGAUUGAGUUGGGAUCGGCUGCAUCGUCGCCAACAGGUGGUGUGAACAAAUCGAGGAGUCGUCGGUGUGGGAGUGCAGGAAGCGGUGGAGCGUCGCCGGCGAGUAGUCCGAGAGGAGGAGGGAGCGGGGAUUAUGGAUACGGGUUGUGGUUGGGGAGUGGUUAUAAAGGGUUUGUGAUGUCAGCGAGUGUUGAAGGUGAAGGGAAGUGUAGUAAGCCUUGUGUGGAGGUUAGUGUGCAGCAUGUUAGCUGUAUGGAGGAUGCAGCUGCUUACGUGGCGCUUUCUGCAGCGAUUGAUUUGAGUAUGGAUGCUUGUAGGUUGUUUAAUCAACGGAUGAGGAAAGAGCUUUGCAGUGAGUCACUGGGAUGAAGGAAAAAAGAAAAUAAGGUUCAGUUUUUGUUUUUGAUGUUUUGAAAUUUUAGUCACAAAAAAUGGCCUUGGGAGUAUUUUCUUUUUGAAAAAUUCUUCUGGAAAAGGCAUUAACAAAUUAGGAUUGUAUAUAGUGAGUUUCUUGUUUUGGAGUGUGUGGUUUCGUAUUUGCUUUCCACCUUUUUUUUUUAUUUUGGGUUUGGGUUCUUAUGAGUGAGGUGAAGAGUGAGUUUCUUUGUCACUCUUGGUUUGCCUUUGAUUUGGUUUUGUAACUGUAUAAAUU